AUGGACGUUGAACAAUUGCUUAACCUCUUCAAUUCUUACUGGUUUGAAUCUGAAAUACUCAAACCCAAACAACCCUUUUCAGCAAUUUCAAAUCUUGAACAGCCAAAACUUUCAAAGACUCCAACUUUUAUUGUCAGAUCUCAAAGUGACCAAUGUUUGAGCUCUAAAGAUACUACUUUUCAUUCAGAAAACUCACCAAAAUCUGUUCUUGUUGAGCCUAAACUUGAGCCAAUUCUUUCUGGUAAAGAAUAUAAUGAGUUGCAAUUUUCUUCUAAGCCAGCUGAAGGAGGUGAUAAGAGUAAAGAGAGUUAUAGAAGGAGAAAAAAGAAGAGUAAUAAUAGUAGUAAAAGUUUGUCAGAGUUAGAGUUUGAGGAGCUAAAAGGGUUUAUGGAUCUUGGUUUUGAGUUUUCAGAUAAAGAUAAAGAUUCAAGUUUGGUGUCAAUACUUCCUGGAUUGAGGAGAUUGGGAAGGGAAAAUGAAGAGAAUAUGAGAUUUGAGGAACUAGAAGAAGCUGCAGUUUCAAGGCCUCAUCUUUCAGAAGCAUGGGCUGUUUGGGAAGAAAAGAAAAAAAUAAGUUGGAAGAUUAAUCCAGUUUUGAGAAAUGAAAUGGAAAUUAAAGAUCAACUUAGGUUUUGGGCUCAUACUGUUGCUUCUACUGUCAGAUACUAG